GUUUCAGGGCUCAAGGGGACUGGGGGUGGUGCCGCAAACGUCAUUCCUACAUAGUCGCUCACAAACUCUCGGGAUCUUGUUCCGUGCCAGCUACGAAAAAAAAACUGCGAUUUGCGGAACGCGUAACUGGAAGACACUGGGAGAAACAAAGAAGAGAAGCUACACGGUGUUUUAUCAAGAGAGAGAGAGAAUAAAAUCGCACCACCACCACUAUGUCGCUCUCCCAACGCGUAACCUCAAUAGAGGAGCAUGAUCCAUGGAGUCGAGAAGCCAGCCCCGACUCACGGCACCGCAAAAUGAGCUUCAACCCCGUUGGCACAUGGACAGACCAAGCAGGCGAAGAGCCCACCAUCGGCGCGUUCGAAGUGCCGCAAUGGAAAAGAUUAUUACAAGUAUUUUUCGCCGUCGUGUACUGCCUCUUUGCUGCAGGCGUCGUGUUCGGGUAUGCAGCCAUCAAGCCCGUGUUGCUCGAAGAAGGAGUGUACAGAGAUUACUGUAGCAAGGAAGAGCUGGAUAACGAUGUUCGUGUAUGCUAUGAGCAGGAGCUCAGGCUCAAUCUCAUGUUCACGAUCGCAGCAGUGUCGACGAACGUUGUUGCGCUGCCUGUUGGCACGAUUCUGGAUCGCUAUGGACCACGAGUUUGCGGUAUAACGGGUGCGAUAUCCAUUACAGUCGGCGCCUUGCUCUUUGCCUUUGCCGCAGAGCUUCCCUUUGACGCAUAUAUCCCCGGAUACCUGUUUUUAGCCCUGGGUGGGCCCUUCACCUUCAUCUCAUCCUUCCAACUCAGCAACACAUUCCCACAGUACUCCGGCCUCAUUCUCGCCCUGCUAACCGGCGCCUUCGACACUUCGAGCGCCGUCUUCCUCAUCUACCGCCUCAUCUAUCAAGGCACGCACGGCUCCUUCUCCAUAAAGUCCUUCUUCCUCCUCUACCUCAUCGUCCCUGCCUUCAUUUUCCUCGUCCAACUCCUCUUCAUGCCCUCGGUCUCGUACAAAACCGUCGGCGAACUCGUCACCACCGCCGACGAAACAAACGUCAUCCACGACUCGGACGACGAAAUUGAAGACGCCGCAACCGUCCAGUCGCUCCGCGACGCCCGCCGCGCUCACCGCGACAGCAUCGUCAGCGAAAUCACAUCGCUACUCGGCACCAAGAACGGACUUGACCAAGCUAAGGCAGAGGAAAAGAAGAAGAACAUCUCGGGUGUAUGGGGCGCUCUGCACGGCCUAACUGCUUCCCAGCAAAUCCGCACCCCGUGGUUCAUCCUCAUCACCCUCUUCACCGUCCUCCAAAUGACGCGCAUAAACUACUUCGUCGCCACCAUCCGCUCGCAAUACACCUACCUCUUCCAUUCCUACCCAAAAGCCGUCGCUAUCAACGACUUCUUCGACGUCGCCCUACCCGUCGGCGGCGUGCUAUCCGUCCCGUUUAUCGGGUUAUUGUUGGAUAAUACGAGCACGGUGUUUACGCUGGCCUUGCUGGUUACGAUUGCGACUACAAUUGGCGUGUUGGGUGUUAUUGCGCAGACAUGGGCGGCGUAUGCUAACGUUGUUCUCUUUGUUUUGUACAGGCCACUGUAUUAUACUGCUGUUUCUGAUUACUCGGCAAAAGUCUUUGGCUUCGCUACCUUUGGCAAAGUCUACGGCCUCAUCAUUUGUCUUGCUGGUCUCCUCAAUUUCUCCCAAUCUGGCCUCGACGCUGCUACGCAUAAAGUCUUUCACAACGAUCCUGUCCCUGUUAAUGUUAUGCUGCUUAGUUUGGCGCUGCUGGUAGGAAUUGCCCUGGUGGGUUAUGUGGGUAAGAAGAGUCGCGGGAUUAAGAGGCAAAGUGUUGAGGAAGAGGCGAGCGGGGCGAGGGAGAGUCUUAUUCCACGGGCUUCCGGGGGGAGUGCUGGGGAGGGGAGUGGGUAUGAGGGUGUUGAAGUGAAUGGGUGGGGGGAGGAGGAUAGAGGACGGAGGAUGUAGAAGAGCGGCGGUUUGUUGUCCCUUUGAAAACAUAUCUUUGUUGUCUGGGGAAUUUAUUUAGGUUGAAAAGUUUGGGGAUCUACUUGGCAUCUAGCAUGGCGAUGGCGUUUUCUUUUUUUUUGGACGCAUCUCAUUUGCUUUAUUUCACUUGUCAUUUUUUUGGGUGGUGGGGGCAUAUAUAGUGCACAAUGGCGUGGACAACAUGCAAAGAUCUGAAUGCCAAAAAGAAAAAGGUUUUAUUUUCAC